AUGAUAUUAAAAUCAAAUAAUACUAUUAACGCAGAUGAUGGAUAUGUUAUUACCGAUUCCUUAGUAUUUAAUACAAUUGAUGGUUAUUAUGCAAUUGCAUAUAUGGUUUUUGUAGGAUCUAGCAUUCCAAAUAAUUCAACAUACAACCCUAUAGAUCCAGUGAUGUCCCUAUAUGUGAAUAUUAUAAAAGAUGGUUUUAAUCAACAGAUUUUGAUUUUUCAAUCUUAUGAUAAGAUGUUAAAAAGUGCUGGUAUACUUAAAUGUCAAGCAGGUUUUACCUCGCAUGAUACACAAAGUAGCAUUUGCUUUAUAGCUUUAUCAUUCUAUGCUCCGAAAAACAAUUUCCCUUUUAGAGUUACAAAAUUUAUUAAAUUUUCAACAUCUGGCUCUGUUAUCGAAACGGGCACUAUACAAACUACACGUUCUUCAAAUUUUUCCUCAACCCCUGACUCUGUUAUCGAAACGGGCACUGUACAAACUAUUCGUUCUUCAAAUCUUCCCUCAACCUCUGACUCGAUUAUCAAAACUGUUUCUGCAAAUCCUAUUAAUUCAUCUUUGGGAAUUUUUGGUGCUGGUGCAAUAUUUAUGCCACUAAAAUUUGGUGGCUAUAUUUAUUAUGACAAUGUGCCUGAACAACCUAUAUACAUUUGUAAUAUCAUUAAUUCAUGCGAUUCCUUUGAAAUUCCAGAAAAUACUCAGCUACGUGAUUCUGGUGUUUUUGAUAAUAACACUGUUUGGCUUGCUAUGGAAAUUCCUCUUUCACAAAAUUGGUUUAUUAGCACCAAAGAUGCGAAACAAUUUAUUAAAGAUUAUGGUUUUAAUAAUCCUGCAAUUUUAUCUACUCAACCAAAACAAAAUACAACAUUGACAUCUCUUUCCUCUAAAAAUAAUAUGAAUAUCAAAAUUACUUUUUUUACUCCGAUUGUUUUAUCAACUGGAAAUCUUAUUAUUUAUCAAGUCAUCAAUGAAUCUAAUUACUUAUUACGUCAAACUUAUCCUGCAUCAAAUUGCACUUUAAGUCAAAAUAAUAUUCAAGCGACUCUAAGAUUAAAUUUGAAUCGGACAUUAUAUCAACAAAUUAAGAAUGUGCUAUAUCAACAAAUUAUAUCCAGUAUUCCUAUUAAUAGUGAUAGGUUAUAUAUGACCGGAAGUAUUCAAUCAGACUCUUCUCAUACAAAACUUUUAGUUGAAUUUUCAGUUGUAAAAGCAAUGGAUCCUUUAAAUGAGCCAAGUGUACAUGAUAUUAUAAAUGAUUUAGAUGAUAUGAUUAAAAAUAAAGACACAAGUGCACUUUUUAGCUAUAAUUAUACAAAGUACUUUGAUAGUAAUUAUGGAUUUCAAGUUAAAGGAAAUAUAAAAGUUGUAUCAAUUUGUACAUUAUUAUCUUGUCCUAAUGUUGAAGCUUUAAAUCUUUUAACUUCACAAAUUGGUAAUUUCAAAGUUUUUACUGCUUCAUUCUCUGAAAAAGCUGAAAUAUGGAUUUAUUAUAGCACAAUUCUUAAUAUUAUUAUUAAAGAUAUUUCACAAUUUAUUAUUCAAUCUAAACAUAAGGAUAAGGUUAAAAUUGACACUGGUAUAU